GUGGCGUUGCUAUGUUGUGAUAAAAAAAUCUAUCUUUUAAUUUAAUGUUAUGUAAAUCUCGUUUGUUCAUUUCUUGAUUUUUACAAACAAUUUUUCAGAAUAGUGGGAUUGUUUUUGAUAAGUUUUCUAAUUAUUAUCGAAAUUACAACCUUGGAAUUUGCCUACACAAAACAAAUGAUCGUUAAAGAAAGCCAUUCGUCUGCUCUUCUUCAAUUUUCAAUGCGAUCGCGAAAACAUUCAUGGAACAGAAUUGGUCAUUUAAAAUUUAAGAACUUCUGAACUGAACACUGAACGGCAGUCUAGCAUUCUUAUCACAAACAAUAUUUUAUACCAAAUAUAUUAUGGAAAAUAGGCCACCACUUAAGCCAAGAAGACUAAGAGGGACUGCUGCAAAUGCACUUGCCAAUAAAUUUGCUUUUGGAAUCUUAGGAAUAUCAACUGUGAUUGGCCUAGUAGUCCAUUUUUCUGCUUGGGAUCGUUUUUCAUCUAGUCUUGCAAAGUAUGGAGUUGAUGUCACUAGUACAGAGAGAAGUAAACCAAAACCUUGGUUUAAAUCAUCAGUUGAAAUCAAACAAGAAGACAUGGUAAACUUAGUUGGAGAAGAAAGAAAUCAGCGAAGAUAAUAGAGUUGUAAAAUCUCCUGGCAUUUACUUUUGAACACAAAAAUGUUACCAAAUAAGAAGUUAUUGAAGCUUUCCAGAAAUCAUGGCCAAAAACUUAAAAAGGAUGAGGAUGAUGCACCAUUGGAUGACAGCAUGGAUGAUUUCAUUGUAACUCGCCCACUGAGGGCAGAAAGGAAAGCAACUAUAAAAAGUAACAACGGUGCAUCAGUUUCCAGCAGUGUUGAUGAUCAAACACAAAGUAAAUUAGUUCAAAAGAAACUAAAAUUAACUCAGGCUAAAAGUGAAAGUGAAUUUGUGGAAUCAAAUGAAACUUCAACAAUACUAAGUGCUCCAGAGAAAACUGAAACAUGUGAUACUAUAAAAAACGUUGUCCCAAGUGAAAGAUCACAAUUGCUUAAACAUGGAGUUCCCGAUAGCGUAAAAGUAAGUGAACAAUUAUCUCCAAGACUCCCACAACUUCAACGAAGGAAACCGACACGUCGAAAAGCGGUUGAUCCUAGUGACCUUUCUCUUGCGAUUGCUUUGUCUGAAUCCUUGCAGUCAGCCAACGAAAAUGCCAAACAACUUGAGGAGGAGUUACUGCUAACAGAAAACUUCACGGAAGUUAUAUCAGAUCUCCGGAAAGAUGAAGAACAGGGUACCGGGACCAUUUUGAGUCAUGUAUUUCCCAUGCCAGCCGAUGUUCCUGUUGUAACUAAAGUGAGACGAAAAGCGAAAGCUAAAGUGGCUGCGAAAAGAGAACCAUUGCAAUAUACACUUGCUCUUCGUUCCCAUGCUGAACGGGAGCGUUUAAUUGCCGAUCGAGCCGCUUCAGUGCUAAAUCACGAACCAGAUGAUCCUCUGAAGCCUCCUAAGGUGACAUUUACUCAUCCUCGACCUGUCUCAAACUACCUUCGGAAGUACUCUCAAGAUGAAAGGUCUUUAUGGCAACGCGCUUCACUGAACGACAUGUCUAAUGUUGAUCAGUUAGACGUCUUCUAUGUUAGUGCCUUUGGUUCGGUGAUAAGUCCCCCUACAAAGAAGUGUGGCUAUACUAACAUUAUGUUUCACGUUUCUCAAUUGCCAGGGCGGAAUUCAUCUCAGAUGGAGUCCUUUUCGAAUACUCAAUGUAUAUUAGAGGAGUUGGCUUUUGCAGCAGAAGGAGGAUUUUUGGAUGAGCCUAAUCCUCCUGAAAAUGUUGUUGCCACUUCUGCUUUACCAUCUGCUGUCACGAAGUUAACUGACGAUUGGUCCCUAUUCAUAAAUAAUCCGUUGAUGAGUGAUAUGACUAUUCGGACCAAGAGUACAGAUAUCAGUGCCCAUCGCUUGGUUUUUACUGCUCGUUUUCCGAGGAUAGUAAACCACAUAGUUAACAAGAAUUCAACCGAUGGAUUCGUUCUCAACUGGACUUCUUAUUCGGCAUCUUCUGCUCUCAAAGUACUUCGCUUCAUCUACGCUGCUUCAUAUAAGCACGACGAAGAAGAUGCGCGCGAUGUAUAUCGUAUCGCUCGCCGACAUGGAAUCAAUGAACUAAUCGAUUUGCUCCCUAAUCAAUAUGAAAGUGAUGCUGGAACGAGUGAGGAAGAUGAGGAUGAUAGCUUACAGGGAAUAAAUUUUGAACUCGAUUCCAGCCCGAAAUCUUCCAAAAAGGAAUCGUUCGCUGCAGAUGAUUUGUCAGGACUAUCCGCGUUUCAAAAGAGCGUGCGAUUUUCUGAAACCAGCCAAGAGGAGAUGGAAGAAAAAGAAAACGACGAUAAAGAAGAAUUCGACGCUCACUCUGAAUCACGCUCCGUUUCCGUGUCGCAACACUCGGAAUCGAUUAAAAAUGUAGAGCUGUCGAUUUUGGAUGUGGAAAAGGAUGCAAAUCAAAAUGUACAAAACACUCCUACUAAAGAGGUUUCCAGUGAAAUUCACCCAAUGGGGCGGACGAUAACGUCAGCCAUGGACAUGGAAAUCAGCAGCAACAUCACUAAUAAAAUAUUGCCUUUAUCUCCCGAUAUGUUUCAUGAAACCCUUACAUAUUCAGAUGAAGAAUCAAAAUCUGCUGAAGAUGUCGUUGAUUUAACUCAAGAAACAAAUUCGGACAGACAAAGUGAACGAUCCUUCUCUCCUGCGGCUGGUUCUUGUGAAAUGAACGAAAAUUCUUUGGACAAGGCGGACGUUGCCGUGGCGGAAUAUUCAAUUACCUCGAGUCCUCCGAACCCAUCGUUUUUGCAAAGUCCAUCGUUGUUACAAAGUCCGAAAAAUCUCCUUCAAAAUUCUCCGGACAAUGUAGUGGCCUCGUGUUCUAGAGCUACUCCUUCAUACUUAAUCCAUGAUUCCUUCUCUUCGUGGAGUUGCUAUGGAGGUGAUAUUGGCAAUGGCAGUCCAGUGGCAGAAACGUCUCCUCAAUUAGAAAAGAAGAAAGUUGGAGCUGCAAAACCAAGAACCGAAACCGAUCAAUAUGUAGAUGACGAGUUUCCUGACGAGCUUGAUUCGAUUUUUGGGCAGGUGCACGAACCUUCGCCUAUGCGUGCAACAGUAUCUUUAGCUAUCCCGUGUAGCGCAGAUGGCGUUGCUGUCGACAUCAAUACUCCUGAAGGACCUCGUCAAGCUAAAAAACGCAAAAUGGAUGUUACUCCGCUUCCCGAUUACCAAUCGAUGGAAACGCCCCUACUGAAACAAGAGUUGGUCAAAUAUGGCCUCAAGCCACUCAAACGAUCAAACGCCGUGAAACUUCUUCAUCACAUCUACGAGGAACUUCACCCAUUGGUUACCGAUUCCGAGAGCAGUUUUCAGGAUACCCCAGAAAGAGGGGCUGUCGUUGAACAACGGCGGACUCAUCAGUCGAUCCGUGCGGUACCAGCAAGCCCUCCGAAAAGUUUGCGUGAUACUUCUAGUUAUGACGACAGCGAAAGCGGACACUCUCAAGAGGACGAAGAGAGUAUGAUCGUUAUGGAAUUGGAUCGAGAAAUAUCCGAUAGCCAACCCGAUAGCCCUCGAAAGGCUGUUUCCUUAAAGGAUCACAUGAAAGAGUUUCUAAAAAAGCGUCCAGAUAUCCACAAACUUGUCCUAACGUAUGAGCCAAUUUCUUUCGAAUAUUUGUUUGCCGAAAUCCGUAAGGAUCGUAUCCGUUGUAAAGCUCAAGAUUUGCUGGACUGGCUCGAUCAAGAGUGCAUCACCUGUCGAAUGAAAAAUAGAAAUCGAAGUCGUCCUGCUAACCGAGAAGCUGAUGAAAAUCCAAGAUUCACUCCGCCCAAAAAGGUAGCGCCUACUGCACCAGCGCAAAAGGCCCGCCGAGGAGUAGCCAAAAAACUUAUUCCUUGAUUACCUUUUCUUUGCUUACUAAUAUUUUUAAAGUUUCUUAUCUUAAUAAUAUUUUUCAAUUUUGAUUACUGUCUUAGUGUUUUUCACCAUGUUAGCCUAUGUGAAAUUUAAACAGCUGUUUGAAAUCGAGACACUCAAUGAAAAAGGUGAGAUUAAGAAAUUGUGAAAAAACAGCAGGUAGAGGAAAAUCCUAGAUGGUACGAUUAUCUACAGAUGUCACGUGAUGUAUGUGUUCACAGAAGUUCAACAACGCAAAA